AUGGUUGUCGACACAGCCCCCGGCUGGAGAACAGUGUACUGGGUCGGACUAGCAUCUGGGGUCUCCCUCUCAAUCGCGACAUUCCUCACAUAUCGGCCGGAAGCUCCUCUUGCGACUCGAAAUGUGUCAGCCAAAGAGGUAUUGAGAGAUUUUGACUACUUAGGCUUCAUCGGAAUCACUUCAGGUAUCACUUUAUUCCUGAUGGGCAUCGUUUGGGAGCCACAAUAUGGAUCCACGAGCCCACAUUUCCUGGCGCCAUUGACAAUCGGUAUUCUAGUCACCAUUGGCACUGGUUUUCAGCAGGUGUAUUGGACCAAAAGCCCGAUCCUGCACCCCUUUUUGUGGCGGCGGUUUCGAACAUUCACCCUGCAAGCCAUUGUGGUGUUUGUCAGCGGCAUGCUGUUUUACUCUCUUCAAGCUCUGUACCCACAGUUCAUGACUUCCUGCUUUGUAGGAAAUGAUCCCAUACAAGUCGGUAUCUCCCAGCUGCCACUUGGUGUUUCUACGGUGGGUGGAGUAAUCUCUGGACUUGUUCUGCCGUGGUUGUCACGACGCAUCGGUACAAAUGGAGUGCUAGCUGUUGGAGUAUUCAUAUGUGCUCUCUUUAUUGCGCUCAUUGCGGUAGUCGACUACGACCAACAGGGAAUGGCAAUGGGGCUGGCUUCAGCGGCUACAUUUGGGAUAGGCAAGUCAGCCUAUGAACACACUGUUCUGAGCUGGACAAAUCUACUCAGUAUACCCCUGAUCCAACUCUGCGCUCCAGACGAGUGGAUCGGUUUUGCGACUGGUCUUCGGACGCUUAUGAGUCUCGGCGGUGGUUCUGUCGCCACUUCGGUCUUCACUACAAUUUUCACGGGUAGAGCCGCGGAAUUUGUGCCCGAGGAUGUCUCAGCUGCUGCAGCCGCAGCCGGCCUACCAUCGAGUUCGAUUCCAGCUCUCCUGAGUAUCUUGACCGGGGCCACACCGAACAUCUCGCCGACAUCUGUUCCUGGACUCACCUCAGAGAUUAUGCAAGUCUCGCAAGUGGCGUUGAAGAAGGCUUAUAUCAGGUCUUUCCGCUACGUGUGGUACUCCAGUAUACCAUUUGGCGUAGUUGCCCUUGUUGCUGCGGCGUAUACCAAGGACUUGACGCCCGUGAUGACAGAGAAGGUUGCACAGGUUCUUAAAACGGUCAAGCCAUCGGACAACGAGGACGUGGAGAAGGAUAUAUUUGGAUCAAAUAAACCAACUAGUGAAGAGUCAGAGCAGUUGGAGAAAUAUCCAUGA